AUGGAAAAGCCACAUGAUAGUCCCAAAGUUUGGACAAGUUCAUAUUUUGAACAAACCGCAAAUCCAACACUGAUUGAGUCACCCACACUUACUUUCACCCUGGAGGAUGCAGUCGCCAAUGCCAAAGGGAAAAGAGUCCCUUUUGAAGACAUUAUACUCUUUGGUGAGGUUAAAGAUAAUGUGGUUUCUGGGGAGGUUGCUAUCUCCCCGCAAAUUUUUUGCCACCACUUGAAAGAAGGAGGAAAAAUCAGAUCCAGGAAGAAGAAAGGUGCGAUAAAGAAAAAGACAGGAGAAGCCAGUGAUCAUGAAUAUGGCCUAGAAGAUGAAGAAAAUAGGUAUUCCGUGAAGCAGCAAAAGUUGUUUUAUGUCAGCAGCACUAACUCCGGAAUAACUAAAGUAGUGAAUACCAGUUAUGAAGGCAAACACUUGUGUGUCAUAUCAUACGUUGGUGACAAAUUGAAGGACGCUAUUUCAAGGGAUGGUCGUUUCGCAGACGAAUUAAAGCUGUUUACGAGCGAUGACAAACAGUCUGAAAUUGCAAUGCAUUAUGAAGCAUUGAAUUAUUGUGGAAAAGUUCUUUUGGCUAAGAAACCACCGCCGAAAAGAAAACUGGCCGAUGAACCUAUUGGAGACGAAGCAUCGGAAACAAGGGGGGGCAACCAAAGCGCUAUUUCGUUGCCCGAUAAUUUAUCCGACCCCACCACGGAGGACAUAGCCAGAGCGAUGAUGAACGAGGCAAGAAAUGAUGCUCUCGAAGCGUUUGCAGAACCUGGGUCCAAAGGCAAGGCAGAUUUUCAUAUCAAUAAAAUGGUGAAAAAGUUUGGGAAAAAAGAUUCCUGUUCCAUUCCUGCACGUAUUUCAGAUACCUUAUCUCAAGCCAGGGGUUCUGUUGGCUAUCUCCAUUGCGGUGAUUAUGGGGCCACGUGUUGGCUGUUAUGUAAAAAUGUUGUUAUAACAUCUCGACAUGUGUUUGAGGAUAUAUCUAAAAUAAGGAUGGAAGCUACUGACGAGGAGAUAAAUAAAACGAUUUUUGUAGACUUCCAUUUUGACUCCCCGGGACAGAGAAGCAAAAUCGAAUUUGAAAUUGAUGAAAAACGAAAAGGGAUAUACGGGCAAGGAAACCGAGACUACGCGAUUCUUUUCUUAAAGGAUUCUCCUGAUCUUAAUAAUAUGCUAAGCCUAGGGUUGUUGGUACGGCUUCCCCUUCCAAGCAGUGGUAGUGUUGUACUUCUGGGCCACCCAGAAAAAAGACCUAAACAAAUAGAAAUUUGUCAGAUCAUACCAGGAUAUAAAUGGUACCGGACACUUUGUGAACGGAGGAACGACGCCAUCAUGGCGCAUGAUUGUGAAUCAAAUCCAGAAGAGUGUAUGCUGAAUCCCAAUAAUAUAUAUUCCGACAAAAUUGUGGAAUGUAUCCAUAUGUACCAGGGUAAAGAACUCAACCCAGCUGAUCAUUCGGACCAGAUACCGUACGACACCAGCUUUUUUCAUGGGGCUAGUGGUUCGCCUGUCUUCAAUUCCUAUGGUCAUAUUAUUGCAAUGCAUACCAUGGGUUAUCCAUUCUCUCAAUCUCAAAAGAAGCAUAGUCUGAUGGAAUUUGGCAUUACCUUAGCCGCCAUCUAUGAUGAUAUAAUACAGCAGGAAGGCCCUACUUUAGCCUUCACUCUGUUUCCAGAAGUGCAAGUGUCGGAAUAACUGAUGUGCGAUUGCAACAGUGAUUUUCGUGAUACUUUUGGCUUCCACAAAAGGUGUGGUCAAACAGUAUAUUACGUAAUAUAAGUGCA